AUGGCAGCGGCUACAUAUGCUAGCUUCAGCGUGAAGUUGAUAAUCGAUAAAAACGAAAAGAGGGUCUUGUGUGCUGAAGCAGGGAAAGAAUUUGUGGAUUUCCUGUUCAAUUUCCUGGCAAUGCCAGUUGGUGCCAUCGCCAGGAUCGCAAUAGAUGAUCAUAAUAAAGAAACUGGUCCCUCAAGUACGCAGACGACGACCACAAUAUUGCCAGGCUGCAUCGAGAAACUGUACGAGAGCGCUCGUAAUUUGAAAUGA